CCGGGCACCGGGCGGGCGCCGGGGCGCGGCGCGGCGGGGAAGAUGACCGCGGGCUCCGGCGUGCUCCUCGUGCUGCUCUCGCUCUCCGGCUCGCUCCGGGCCCAUACUGAGGAUCUUACGUCCAGACAGACCUGUAAGGCUGGGUUCUCAGAAGCAGAUUACACGGCACUAAUCUCCCAAAAUAUUCUGGAAGGAGAAAAGCUACUCAAAGUGACGUUCAGCAGCUGCUUGGGGACCAGGGGGACGCAGUAUGAGACCAACAGUGCAGACUUCAAAGUGGGAGCGGACGGGACGGUCUUCGCUGCCCGGGAGCUACAGAUCCCCUCCGAGCAGGUGGCCUUCACGGUGACCGCGUGGGACCGGCAGACGGCCGAGCGCUGGGACGCCGUGGUGCGGCUGCUGGUGGCACAGACCAUGCCCCCCCACUCCGGACAUGAGAGAGGAGGGAAAAGCGCGGCCCUGGGCCCCUCGCAGCCGCCGAGCGACGCGCCGAUGCCGUGGCCCCAGCACCCGAGCGCCCGAGGGCUGCGGCGGCAGAAGCGGGACUGGGUCAUCCCCCCGAUCAACGUGCCGGAGAACUCCCGCGGGCCCUUCCCGCAGCAGCUGGUGCGGAUCCGCUCGGACAAGGACAACGACAUCCCCAUCCGGUACAGCAUCACGGGCGUGGGCGCCGACCAGCCCCCCAUGGAGGUCUUCAGCAUCGACUCCAUGUCCGGCCGCAUGUACGUCACUCGGCCCAUGGACCGGGAACAGCGGGCGUCCUACCACCUCAGAGCCCACGCCGUGGACAUGAACGGAAACAAGGUAGAGAACCCCAUCGACCUCUACAUCUACGUCAUCGACAUGAACGACAACCGCCCCGAGUUCCUCAACCAGGUGUACAACGGCUCUGUGGACGAGGGCUCCAAGCCAGGCACCUACGUGAUGACGGUCACGGCCAACGACGCUGACGACAGCACCACGGCCAAUGGGAUGGUGCGGUACCGCAUCGUGACCCAGACCCCGCAGAGCCCCUCCCAGAACAUGUUCACCAUCAACAGCGAGACUGGGGACAUCGUGACCGUGGCAGCCGGCCUGGACCGAGAGAAGGUUCAGCAGUACACAGUCAUUGUGCAGGCCACAGACAUGGAAGGAAAUCUGAACUACGGCCUCUCCAACACGGCCACAGCCAUCAUCACGGUGACAGAUGUGAAUGACAACCCGCCGGAAUUCACCACGAGCACGUUUGCCGGGGAAGUCCCUGAGAACCGGGUGGAGACGGUGGUGGCGAACCUGACCGUGACAGACAGGGACCAGCCCCACUCGCCCAACUGGAAGGCCGUCUACCACAUCAUCAGCGGGGACCCCUCCAGGCACUUCAGCAUCCGCACGGACCCCGUCACCAACGAGGGCCUGGUGACCGUGGUGAAGGCGGUGGACUACGAGCUGAACCGAGCCUUCAUGCUGACCGUGCUGGUGUCCAACCAGGCGCCCCUGGCCAGUGGCACCCAGAUGUCCUUCCAGUCCACGGCAGGCGUGACCAUCUCCGUCAUGGACGUGAACGAGGCCCCCUACUUCCCCUCGGACCACAAGCUGAUCCGCCUGGAGGAGGGCGUGCCCGCGGGCACCGUGCUGACCACCUUCUCGGCAGUGGACCCCGACCGCUUCAUGCAGCAGGCCGUGAGGUACUCAAAGCUGUCGGACCCGGCGAACUGGCUGCGCAUCAACACCACCAAUGGGCAGGUCACCACGGCAGCCGUCCUUGACCGCGAGUCCGUCUACACCAAGAACAACGUCUAUGAGGCCACCUUCCUGGCUGCUGACAAUGGGAUCCCCCCGGCCAGCGGCACCGGUACCCUGCAGAUCUAUCUCAUCGACAUCAACGACAACGCCCCCGAGCUGCUGCCCAAGGAGGCGCAGGUGUGCGAGAAGCCCAGCUCCAACGCCAUCAACAUCACGGCGGCCGACGCGGACGUCGACCCCAACGUCGGCCCCUACGUCUUCGAGCUGCCCUUCGUGCCGUCCACUGCGCGGAAGAACUGGACCGUCGCCCGCCUCAACGGUGACUACGCCCAGCUCAGCUUGCGCAUCCUGUACCUGGAGGCUGGGGUGUACGACGUCCCCAUCAUCGUCACCGACUCGGGGAACCCUCCCCUGUCCAACAUGUCAAUCAUCAAGGUCAAGGUGUGCCCGUGCGACGAGAAUGGGGACUGCACCACCAUCGGUGCCGUGGCGGCGGCCGGCCUGGGCACGGGCGCCAUUGUGGCCAUCCUCCUGUGCAUCGUCAUCCUGCUGACCAUGGUCCUGCUCUUCGUCGUGUGGAUGAAGCGGCGGGAGAAAGAGCGCCACACGAAGCAGCUGCUCAUCGACCCCGAGGAUGACGUGCGCGACAACAUCCUCAAGUACGACGAGGAGGGUGGCGGCGAGGAGGACCAGGACUACGACCUCAGCCAGCUGCAGCAGCCGGAAACCAUGGACCACGUGCUCAGCAAAGGCCCAGGUGUGCGGCGGGUGGACGAGAGGCCGGUGGGCGCUGAGCCCCAGUACCCGGUCAGGCCUGUGGUGCCCCACCCAGGGGACAUCGGCGACUUCAUCAACGAGGGGCUGCGAGCGGCCGACAAUGACCCCACAGCGCCCCCCUACGACUCGCUGCUGGUCUUCGACUACGAGGGCAGUGGCUCCACCGCGGGCUCCGUCAGCUCCCUGAGCUCGUCCAGCUCCGGGGACCAAGACUACGAUUUCCUCAACGACUGGGGGCCCAGGUUCAAGAAGCUGGCGGACAUGUACGGAGGCGGCGAGGACGAGUAGGAGCCGCUCUGGGACCCCGAGCAGGACUGCGGCCGCCCACCCCCACCGACCGUGCGCUGUCGUGGUGUCAGGAGGCCCCCCCGCCCCAGCCCCAAAACACACAGCCGCGCCCACCCCACCGCCGACCUGUCACUAAGGGAGAGCGAGAGGCUCCGUCUUAACUUGAAUUUCUUAGAGCAGAAGCACUGUUUAUAAAAAAAAAAUGAAAAGUGCCUUUUGGUACAUGUAUCAGAUCCCCUCAAACUCAGGAGUGACUAAAAACAGGCAAAGUCCCCCCAGACCCCCAGUCCUGAGCGGCCCCCGGCCCUGCCAGUCCCACCUCAGAAGGCAUAAAUUAAGGAACGGGGAGAAUGUUUCUCUUUCUUUUUGUCUUUUUGUUUUUGUCUUACAAAAAAGCUGGUGGCUCCUUGGCCAAAAUUUACGAAGAAGCGAUAGUUUGAGGGAUCCCUUCUCGAGUCGUGUGGGUGCCCCUCAGCCCCCACUGCACCCCGAGACCUGUCCUCCCUCCCGGGCCCCCCGGGAGUCCCGAGGCCGCAGGAGGGGAAACUCCCACAGCCGAAAGCUCCCCUGGGUGCGCCGGGCCCUGGCAACCCAGGAGCCACUGUGCUGAGCUGGCUUUCACCAGGAUUCCGGCAGCCCCCCGAUUCCUGGGUGCUGUAAAUAGCUGGGGCAGGGCAGGCGGGGGCUCAGGGCCCAUCCCCGGGGAGCCGCUGGUCUGCCCUUGCUGUCCCCAGGGUCCCCCCAGCCAACCAGAAGUCCUCCCUCAGAGCUGACUGCCACCCCACACGCCACCCGGACGCACCCACCUUCCGGCCCAAACCAGCCAGCAUCCUGCCACCCCCUGGCCGGAGCCCUCUGCCCUCCCGGAUUUGGCCCCCAGGGGACCCCACCAAAGGUCCAGUGACCCCGCAACAGCGUGGACCCCUGAUGGUGCCCAGACCCCUCCAGGCCCUAAGGGCUGGGGGAGAGCUGACGCGCAGGCACGGCGGGACGUGGCGGCUCCUGCACGGGGCGGCCUCAGUGACCACAGCGGACACGGGAGACUCCGACUGCCACUGUCCCCUCUGCUGACCCCUCUGCGCCCGAUUCCGUCCGAUGCCUGUGAACUGCCUUUGACGGACAGCGGGCUCCCGGUCAGUGCUGGGCCGGUGCUGCCCCAGGUGUGUCUGGGUGGCACACUGUAGACACUGUGCAUCUCCUUUCCUUUGGACCUAAAUCUUUUCCAGCUGGAGCAGCUGCCUGGGGACAGCUUUGCUGUUGUCACUCUCGGAGCCAUCCUUGCUCUCCUGACAGGCUGUUUGACUCGAGUCAGACCCGGGCAUCAGUGCCCAGGAUUGCAACUGAGAUGUGUCCUCGAGGACCCGCUGGGGACAGCCCACGGCUGCGUUUGCUUGCUGGCCCUCUCUCGCUCGCUCGCUCUCUCCCUCUCUCUGCCUCUUGCACGUGCUCCUGCUCUCCGGGGGCAUCUCUUGUAGGGGAGGGGAGUGAGGCAGGCACGUGCAUGAGGACCCCUGCCUGCUGGUAACCAGGCAGGUCAGGGGUCAGGGCUCCUAGGGGUCAGGAGGCCCU